UCCUCUCCUGGAGGAUGUGCUGGUUCUAGAAGGAGGAGCAGAGUCUGGGAUACACAUCGGCUAACGUAUUGUCAUCUGCUAACUGUAUGUCUUCUAGAACGAUGGCCUCCCCCCGGAGCCGCCUGCCGUCUCCUUCACUAUGAGGAGGAAACAAUUUGAUAUGGGAUGGACAAGGAAGAGAAGAACAAAUAUGUGUCCCAGCUACAGGAGGUCUUCACCAGCUGUGACACAACGGGCACGGGUUACCUGGACAAAGAUGAGUUGACAGGUCUAUGUCACAAGCUCCAUCUGGAUGCACAGCUCCCUUUACUGCUGCAGACACUACUGGGAAAUGAUCACUUUGCCAGGGUCAAUUUUGAGGAGUUUAAAGAAGGAUUUGUGGCUGUCCUUUCAUCAACUAUUGACAUCAGCAUAUCCGAGGAUGAUGAUGAGAGCAGUUAUUUGGAGCCAGUCAUUCCAGAUGAGGUAAAACCAAAGUUUGUGAAAGGUAACAAGAAAUAUGGCCGUCGUACGCGACCUGAGCGUGAAGCUGCAGAAAAUGAGGCCAACAAGCAUCUGCAAGAGACUCAUCAAGGCAAGAAUAAGAAGAAAAGCUCCCUGAGAAGGUCCUCUUCACUGGAGAGUGUGGAGAGUCUCAAGUCGGAUGAAGAAGCAGAAAUAGUGAAGGAGCCUGAGAUUGAAAACUUCGAAGCAGAAGGACAGCUAAGGGCAUGGAACACAGGAAUAUAUGACAGUCCAAGAAGAACUUCUGAUAUGACUCAAAACCAGGUGCGGGACAUCUGGGAGGAGCUUGGUGUUGGACACCAUGGAUACCUCAAUCAACAGGAACUUUCCACUGUAUGUAAGAAUAUAGGACUUGAAGAUCUUACCGAAGAGGAACUUGAAGACCUGUUUAACAAGCUGGACAGAGAUGGAGAUGGCAGAGUAAGCUUUCUAGAGUUUCAAGUGGGUUUGUUUAGCCACACACCUAUUGCUUCCACACCACUAAAACAUCAUCGUCCAUGUGCACUUUACAAGCUAGAAGACAGCAGCCAUAAAAGUCCAUCUUUGCUGUCGGGAUUUGGAGGCUUCCAUGUUUUCUCGAAAAUUGAUGAUGGAACUGGCUUUGGAAACCCAGAGCAGAUCAUGAUCAUUUGGGAAGAAGAGGGUAUUGAGGAUGGUAAAGAAAUAUUUUUGAGCUUGGAUUUUAGUCCAGAGGAGCGAGUGAACCUUUUGGAGCUCACUGCUGCUUUAGAAAAUGAGUUGCUUGCAACGAAAAAUCGAAUUCAUAUGGCAGCAUUGGCAUCCUACAAGCAUGAGCUGCACCAUCAGCAUAACCAAGUUGAACAGAUUAGUAAAGAGCGAGAUAAAGCCAAACAGGACCUGGAGAGCGCAGAGAGGAGGAACUCGCUGCUGGUUGAUGAGGUCGAUGACCACAACUCUGUUAUGGAGAGUCUUAAUGAGAGCAAAAUCAAGGAUUUGGAACAGGAGUACAGACAACGCUUGUCUUCUAUGCGAUCAGAGCUGGAGAAUGAGAAGGAGCAAUUCCUGCAACAGAAUGAUCAGCAAAAGAAAAAACUGGAGACUGAUCUGGCUAAUUAUCAGAUGGAACAGGCCUAUUUCAGACACAAACUGGAUUUAUCCUUAAAGGAGAACAGCAGGUUACAAAAGGAAAUGUUGGAGGUUGUGGGAAAGCUAUCUGAAUCGGAUAGUCAGCUGGUAAAACUACAGACCAGUCUAGAUCAAAUGCUGCAAAACAAGAAACUGAUGGAUCCUCACAAUACAGAGUUUUAUACACAGGAAGAGAAAUUUGCAGAGAUCAUUAGGGAAUAUGAGAUCCAGUGCAGGGAACUACGUGAUCACAAUGAUGAACUGCAGAUCCAGCUUGAAACCCUCCGAUCCCAGCUCAGUGAAAGUAAAUAUUCACGCUUACUGGGUAAGAUGAAGGAUAACAAGUUACUGCACCACAAGGCAAAAGAAAAGAUCCAUCAAAGCCAUGCAGAUACACCCGCAAAAAGGGGACUGGCCUCAAGGUUGAGAAGAAGUGUCUCUGCAGCAGGUUCAAAUGGUUUGUCAAUUGUCAUGUCUGAAGCGCCUUCUAUGACCAUGGAAGCUGAGUUGACAAAGCAUCAAGUGAAAGAACUACAGCAAGAAAUUGAGGACCUUAAAAUACAACUUGAAACAAAGGUUAACUAUUAUGAGAGGGAAUUGGAACUUAUGAAAGUUAACUUUGAAAAAGAGAGGAAAGACUCAGAGCAGAACUUCAAGCUGGAAAUCAGUGAACUUGAAGAGCAGAAGGCUGACCUUGAGGAGCUCAAUGCAAAAUAUCAAGAAGUGAUAGAUGGCUUAAAAGAACAACUUCCCAAAACUGCUCAGAUCCAGGAAAUGAAGAAGUUUGAGAAAGAGAGAGCUGCCAUGGAAGAAUAUUAUGCAAAGGAAGUGUCUGCACUGGGCCAGCGGCUAUGCAGGGAGAAGGAGCAGCUGGAGGAAGAGCUAAAGAGGAGCCACCAGCAUGAACUUCAGUCAAUGAGGGAAGAGGCAGAGGAAGAACUUGCUGAGAAACUGGCACAAAUUGAAUCCCAGUAUACAGAGUAUUGCCAGUCUUUAAUACAACAGCAUCUAAAUGAAAACGAUGAACUCUUGCAAAAACUUGAGCUGGAAAAGAAGGCCUUAAUACAAGAUCACAUGGAUGAGAUUAACCGAUGGCAAGAAAAAGAGAGGGCGCAAUGGAAAGGCGAUCAGAUGAACCCGGUCGAGAAACCAAGUGAGGAACAAGCUGGUAUUUGUAAAACUUUCGCUAUUGAGAAGGAAAUUCUAGAAAGAAACUACAGAGAUCACAUUAAUAGGCUUAACCAUGAAAUCGAGGGUUUGAAUGCACUUGUGCUAAAAGCCAAGAGUUCUAACCUAAUCAAGAAAGAGAAGCAGUCUUUAGUAAACAGACUCGGUGAUCAUUGUACAAAGGGGAACGAAGGACCACAUUUAUUUUCUCUACAGGAAGAAAGUACAGAGCCAGAGCAUCAAAUGAUGGACAAUACAAAUAAGCAACAUAAUGAAAAUGUCUGGCAUCAAAGUGAUUCUGCACCUUUACAUGUACAGCACAGGCUGGUCUUGUCUGCCGUAGAAGUGUUGAAAGGAGAACAGUCCUUAAAACAAGCACAGGAGCAUGUACUGAUGAUUCUGCAAGAGAUGGUGCGCUUGGUAGCUUCCUUGAGAGCACAGCUGCAUAAAGAAACAAAGGCUCAAGAGACUCUUGUUGUGCAUCAGAAAGGAUAUGGUGAAGACCAAAUACAUCUUAGUAACCAAUUUAAAAAAAGAGAAGACGAAUGCAUGUUGGCUAAGGACAAAUCAAAAGACCUGACCUUUCAGUUGCUUGAAGGCGAAUCUCCUGUCAAAAACCUGGAAUCGGCACUUCAGAUGCUUGGCAGAGAGGAAGAAGAACUGGAGAAACAGGUGGCAGUGUUAGCAGGCCAUAUUGGCUUGGAGUACAAGCUUAUGAGAAACAAAAUACAAGAGCAAGGUGGGGAUUGCGCACCUAAAAAUGAGUGCCGUUAUCUUAUCGCAAAUGUCAAAGAGCUUGUUGAUGACAAUCCCUCGUUAUGCCAGCAGCUGUUAAGCAAGGACGACAUAUUAAACCUCCUACUCGGCCAUCUCAGAAAAGCAAUGAGUCAGUGCCAACAGCUAGAACAGCUAACGGCCAAACAAAUCCAGGAAUCCACCGACCAGCUUGAAAGAGAGAAGGACUAUGUCAAAGGCAGGCUGUUUCAGCUAGAAGACUUGGUACGGAGGCUAGAGCAAGAAACUAUUUCAAACCAGGAUGACAGGAUGGAGCUGACUAGACUUUCUGAAGAUAAUGCAUUUCUCAGGAACAAGGCUGAGCGGCUCCAACAAGAUAUCAUUCAUUUGGAUGACUCCAACAAGAAAUACAGAACUCAGGUUGAGGAGUUAAGGAAAGAAACAGAGUACCUGCAUUCCGAACUUAAACAACUAAGCAAACAGUAUCAGGACCACCAGAAUGAGUUGUCGCAAUCAAAUGUACAGCAUGAUGAGACCGUUCUUCAUCUAAACACCAAACUACAGGAGGUCACGGAACAGAAGGACAAAGCUGAUGCUGUUCUAGAGCAACUGCAGGGAAUGAAUAUUGCUCAGGAGACUGAGACUCACGAGCAACAGGUGGUCUGGCAAAGAGAAAAAGAAGAAUUAGAACAAGAACUGCAGAAAACCAAACAAGAGAAUGAGAAAUACUGGGAUGAACUGUGCCAGCUGAACACACACAGCCUUCAGUUGACAAGCACCUUAUCUGAUCUCACUACGCAGAGAGAGGGGAGCUAUGAGACCAUCCAGCAAAUGAAUACUAAACUCAGAGAGGCGAUUGAAGAAAAGCAUCAGACAUCUGCACUUGUGGAGCAGCUACAGGGAAAGAUGAAUGAACUGAAGAGAGAGAACCUUCAGAAUGAAGCUGGAUGGCAGAGGGAGAAAAUACAGCUUGAAAGUGAACUGCAAAUGUCCAAACAGGAGAGCUUUGAAACCCGUAACGAAUUAUGUCACUUGACCAGUGCAAUGUUUCAACUAAAGAUGCAAAAUAAAGAUGGCCAGGAGAACAUGCAACACUUGGAAAGUAGGCUGAAAGAAGUGACCAAGCAGAAGGAAGAGGCCACUGCGACAGCAGAAAAAGUUCAAAACCAGCUUCAUUUAGUAGAGAUAGAAAAGGCUGGUUGGUGCCAGGCUAGAGAACGACUAGAACAAGAUCUGCAAACAUCGAAAACAAAGAUUGAAGCGCUGCUUCUCCAACACAGGCAGGAAAAACAAGAUCUUCUGAAUGGGUUGGAUGAAAGUAACAAACAGCUCUUGGUUGUGGCAACAUUUCAAGAAGAAGUAUCAACAUUAAAGCAAGAAAAGCGAUCUCUAGAGGAACAGUGUCAUUCCAUUACCAGACUACUGAAAGAAGCCACUGACAAGGUGAAUCAAGCUGAAGAGCUGAAAACUGAACUAAAAGAAGCUCGGGAGGAUUGUCAUAAUCUAAAGAAAACACAGGAUGAACUAAGAGAAAAACUGGAGGUAUCCCAGGAUCAGCUAUUAGAAGCCAACAGCAAGCUGACCCUUGCACAAUCACAGCAAAUACGGGAAGUCCAGCAGUGGAAGGAGAAGGUGAGCAGUUAUGUUCCUAAGGAGCAGUUGUCGCAUCUGCAGAGCAGACUGUCAGAAGAACAGCAGAAGGUCCAGCAGCUCCAAGAGAGGUUGAGAUUUCAUGCAGAGCAGACCAACCGGCAACUGGCCAUGCAACAGGAGGAACAUGAGAGGCUGCUGCGGAGGAUGGAGGAACGAAUGCAGGAAGUAGAAAUGAAUCUAAAGAAUUUGCGGCUCAUGUUGAGGGAAAAAGUGGACCAGCUCAAGGAACAGCUGGAGAAGAAUGCAAAAGCAGAUAUCUUGCUGAAGGACUUGUAUGUGGAAAAUUCUCAGCUGAUGAAGGCUCUGCAGGUGACUGAGCAGAGGCAGAAGAGUGUAGAGAAGAAAAACUAUGUCCUGGAGGAAAAGAUUGCAGCUCUCAACAAAGUCAUUAGAAAAAUUGCACCUGCCUCUCUGGCAGUUUGAUGCUGGAUCUGAUGAUUUAGUAGUGAGUGACUCUGUGUCACCCCACCACCAGCCUUUGUCAGUAUAUGGCAUCUCAGGGUGACAUUUACAACAGCACCUUAGUGCCCAGACAUGAAAUGGUGUUUGACAGAGACACCUAAUGGAAUCUUUAGCCAAGUUUCCUUUUUAGUGGAAUUCAGCAGGUAUGCCUGGUGCAUGCCUUAUGUGGUAGAACAAUGGUAAUUAAUGCUUCCUAUGAGAUUGGCUGCCCAAAAUUAUGGGUUCCAGAGCAAUAUAAAAAAAAUUCCCACCAUAUGAAAUUGGCACUCUUUUACCUACCAUCUCAUGUCAGAGGGCCACUUUACUUCCAGUUGUACAGAGCAGUCUAUAAAGUGCAACAAAAAAAAGUAAUGUAUGAUGACCUGGACAUAUUUACUAA